AUGGCAGAACCUAGGCUCGGGCUCUCUGAGGUUGUCUCAGAAGAGCGCACCGAGCCAUUUUCCCAAUCCGAAAUUGACGCCCGCUUCAAGGGGAUUGGUGUUGAAGAACCAGUCCCUACUACUAGCUCUUCGCUUGUCUCGUUAGACGAGCUCCACGUCGAGGAUCACCACCACAGGCAAGGCAUCCGCAUUCUAUUUCGUCCCCUAGCCAACUUCCCCAAGUCGCGGUCUGUGAGCCCUGGUAGUGAAAGUUUACAGUGGCUCGCUCUGCGCGCCGAGGUGGCUUCACCAGAGCAGCCUGAGCACAAAGUUCUCGCUGUGACUCAGACCUCCAAAGAUAUCAAAUUCACCGUCCGUAUCCCCGGCGAGACUCAAGAUGACUACCCAAGGCCCCCUUUGUGGUGCGAGCUAUACUACGAUCCCGCUAGUGACAAAGUCAUCUUCUUGAACCGGUCAGACCUACCAAUUUCCUUGUCAGGAGUGUCGCCGACGCCGCCGUCGAGCCCUUACAGUCCUUCGCAUGUCGUCAACCCCGGGUCAGCUAAGGCUCUGAGGCCUGGAACAUGGCGCAUCACGCUUCGAGACAUGGAAGUCCUCGACUUCCGAGUACUUGAAAAGCGCCCGGUGAUACUGUAUCAACCACAGCAACAGACUAUUGUUGAGGAUGUUCCCUCAGAGUCUAGCACCCCCACCGUGAACUCGAGCGGCAAGCGGGCCCUUUCUCCGGAGUAUGACGAGAAGAGAGUGAAACGUCGUGUCUCAGACCCGAAUAUACCCGGUGACGACGGUGUUGUUAUGUUCCUCAGGCCUUCCGCGGAUCCCUUGGUUUUCUCCCUCCCAAAUGGUCGCGAGAGCAAGGAGCUCUCCUCGGUGAAUGGCCAUCCUCUGCUGGACGCUGAAAAGGGUGAAACUGCUGCAAUCUCAGGUGUCUGCGAAGUCGAUGAGUACGAACUUACCAAGCGAGAGCCAAUUGCUUCGACUUCCUUGUCUGCCGUGUACACAGCAACACACUCCCACGUACCCAAUAACAUCGUCACUGUCAAGGUACUCAAGACGCGCGUUGCUAACCCCAAUGACAAGGCGCUCGUCCACGAGCGGACUGUCAUCCGUCAGGCCGACAUGUGGCUUCGUGAGUGUAGGGGUCAGGAGGAUCUGCAGCACAAGUCGAUUGUUCGUUACUAUGGUGGUGAUGCCCGAUUCCUUUCCCUAUACAUGGAGCACAUCGACGCAAAGGACCUCACAUCCAUGCCUCGAUGGAGGAAUAACACCAAUGAUGAGUUCAUUGGCGACAGAAACGACGCUGCCAGGAUCUUGGGGGACAUCGCCGGCGCCCUCAACUACAUCCACGGUCGCAAGCUGGUGCACAACGAUAUCAAGCCCGCCAACAUCCUCUACUCGCCAGAGAGAGGUGCAGUCCUUUGUGACUUUGGUCUAUCUACACCGGCCACUGCUACUAAUUCGCCGACCGUUGGCGGAACACCGUACUACGUUCCUCCGGAAUUCAUUGGUCGAAAACAACGCGGUCCUGCUUCUGACGUCUGGGCACUCGGUGUCACUAUGCUCUACGUGUUGCGCAAAAUAACGUACCCUGACUCUCGUGCUCAUCGACGACACCCGCGACCCCUUUAUUGGUUGAUCGCUGGGGUGAACAGUCCCAACAUGCCACACAAGCAGUAUGGAAAUGGUCAACCCGCUAUGAAGCAGAUGCGAGAUUGGCUUGCCGAGAUCUUCGAUGCGAGAAAGAGUCUGAAUCCCAAGGACCGACUCGAGCGGAUCGUUAUGGAGAUGCUAUACCCUAACCCCAACCAACGUAUCACUAUGGCCAAAGUGGUACAAGAGUUGGCUGUCGAACAGGCUGCUACUCCUGCGGGAUGA